AUGGCCCCAACAUUGCGAAUCGCGCUGGUCCAGUUUCAGGCCAAGCCCCUCUGUGUUUCGGAAAACUUUGAGCGGGCAGCCUCAGAGAUCCGAUCUGCUGCCGCCCAAGGCAACCACAUUGUCGUGUUACCUGAAUACCACCUCACAUCAUGGGCCCCAGAGGACCCUACGUUUACGGAUGCUUGUGCAGCUUCUGCGACGUAUCUGCAUCAAUAUCAAGAAUUAGCCAGAGUGUUGAACAUUCACAUUGUUCCGGGGACGAUUGUUGAGCCUAACGUCAAGCCAGGUGAUCCGGUCGUCGAGCUGCACAACAUAACUUACUUCAUUUCUGGGACUACCGGGGAGAUACUAGGAACGUAUAGAAAGAAGAAUCUAUGGCAUGUCGAGCGCGGUAUCCUUACAGCGGACAAGAAGUCGCCGCAUAAGGCCUUCGACGUUCCUUUUCCCGGGAGCAGCCAUGUCGUGCGUGUUGGCCUGCUCAUCUGCUGGGAUCUCGCUUUUCCCGAGGCUUUACGGCAAUUGGUCGCAGACGGUGCAAAGCUCGUCAUCAUUCCUGCGUACUGGCACAUAAACAAGGUGAAUCCGAAACUCUUGGCUUUGAGCCCAGACUCAGAGGCUGUAUUCUUGGACAGCGCCACUGUUGCUAGAGCGUACGAAAAUACUUGUGCCGUUGCUUUUUGCAAUGCUUGGGGCCAUAGCCAAGUUACGAUGCCGGUACUUGGGUCUCUUGGUAAGCUGGGAGCUGAAAAAGAAGGAUGUAUAAUCAGUGAGGUCGAUUUGGAUACUCUUGAGGUGGCAGAGAGCCAUUACAAGGUAAGAGAGGAUAUUGGUAGCAAGGAGUGGCACUAUUAG